AUCAACGCCGUUUCGCAUUAGUUUAGCAUGGCUCAGCUCUCUGGGUUUUUGGAGGAUUUUGCUUAAAAAUUAUUUUUUCUUUGGAAUAAAAUUGGAAAUAAAAGUCAUUCGAAUAUAAAUUUACAUUACUCUGUGCGACCUAUGAGAAAGGCGAACUGCAAUGAAACCUCAGUAGUGUGCAUUUUUAAUGAAGAGGAAGAGGAAUAAAUCAAUCCAUACGUAAACAGAAAAAGACAAGUUAAAACUACAUCUACUAACCACUCGCUCUGCUGCUGCUACUGCUGCUGUACUAAACCCCCCUCCCAUAAAACAAACAGAAGGCAGGAUGAGUUCGUCCACAUCGAGUCGCAAGGACCAGGAAAGGACCAAAUUGAUACAGGAAAAAUGUCAAACAUUGCUAACGCAAAUGUUGCGAGAUGAGGACAACAAAUACUGUGUGGAUUGUGAUGCAAAGGGUCCACGAUGGGCUUCUUGGAACUUGGGCGUAUUUCUUUGCAUACGCUGUGCUGGGAUACAUCGCAAUCUUGGCGUUCACAUAUCACGAGUGAAAUCUGUCAAUUUGGACACAUGGACACCCGAGCAGGUCAUAUCACUGCAGCAAAUGGGCAAUUCUCGUGCUCGAGCGGUCUACGAAGCCCAGCUGCCAGACGGAUUCCGUCGCCCCCAGACUGAUACUGCACUGGAAUCAUUUAUACGUGCCAAGUAUGAACAUAAAAAGUAUUUGGCUCGUGAAUGGGUCCCACCAUCACCUCCCAAGGUGGAUUGGGCCAAGGAAAUUGACGAGGAAUUGGAAAGACAGAAACGCAAGAAGAAGGCGGCACAAGCCAAUACUUCAUUAGGCAUAGGCGUGCUAAGUGGUGGUGGUGCGUCCAGCACAUCAGCAGACAAAAAACCGGCAAAAUCCUCGCCAAUACCAGCACCCUUACCCAAACCAAAACCAGGACAAAGUGGUAGCAGUCCCAAGGUACAACGUAUUUCAACUAGUUCAACAGGCGCAGAAAACAAUCAAAACAACGACUUGUUAGGUUUAGCUUCACCAACAAAACCGGUGCAAAAUGCCUUGACGGGCCAAACGUCGGCAUCAUCCUCAAACAUAAAUGAUUUGCAAAACGACACUUUCAGUUGUUUCUUGAGUGCUACGCCCGCCAAUAGCGAUAUUGCUACGCACCAACAGCAGCAGCAACAAACCAAUAAUACAAAUUCCUCCACCCAGAAUUCUCUCGCCAAGGAGGAAGAAGACUUUUUCAAUCAAGGUUCCCUAAACAGCGGCGUUGGUGAUAAAGACAAAUCAGGUAAAUUGACCAAGGACAGCAUACUGGCCCUAUAUGGCCAGGCUCCUGCCAAUCCGACUCCAGCAAUGAACUUCUUGCAGCAGCAACAACAACAACAGCAAGCCUCAAUGUUUGGUGCUGCUGGUGGGUUUACUGGUAUGGCUCCAGGGGGUUUUAUGGGUGCUGGAGGGCCAGCUGCUGCCCAGCAGCAUCAAUUCAUGACUCCACCUAACUCGGCCAGCAUGUAUAAUGCUCCGGUAAUGACAGCACCAGCAGCCUUUACCGCGCCCGGCAUGGGCGGCGGUUUUGCACAAUUCCCUAUGCAAACAGGUUUCCCACAAACACAAAACAUUGGAGGCAUCAUGGCCACAGGCCAGCCCGGCAGUCUUAUGCAUGCAAAUCAAAGUCUUAUGACUAACAUGGCCGGCGCCAAUGGUGCCAUGAUGUUUGGAAUGCAGCCAACGCCUGCAAUGUCGGCGCAACCAGCAUUCAAUCAAGGUCUAAUGGGUGGAUUUCCAACUGCUAAUAUGGCGGCGCAACCAAAUCUUGCUCCUGCUGCUCCAGCAACCGCCAGCUUGCAACAGCAAUUUGGUAAUCUUAACAUUGGCAAUGUGUGGCAAUAAACUUUUACACGGCUGGCUGAUCUUGCAACAUUAACUUGCCGUGAUUUUUGAAUGAAAAAAAAAAACAAAAACAAUUCCCAAUCCCCACCCUGAAAAUAUACCCCCCAAAAGUAUUUGACUUGAGUUUGCUGAAUUGUAUGUGGUCUCGACUUUUUCCUGAUUGUGAAUAUAAUAUCAGGUCAGGGUUCUGUGUAAUUUAGAAGUAUUUGUUUAUUAAUGUAAUGUAAUAAUUUUUGAUCGUAACAUAUACAACAACAAAACACACCCAUACUACUAUACAUUUAGAUAUGCUAACAGAAUUUUCCUUGUUCUUUCGAUUCCUCCAAACAAAAUUUCUUCUCUACGAAAAAACAAAAAAAAAGUAAUAAAUCUUGUAAAGGUUUGAAAUCACUUAAUAAAAAUUAAGUAUAUUUUUAGCUUAA